CAAAUUUGUCAUUCUUGACUUAACUGUCAGUUUUUUAGUGAUAAAGUUGUAUUUUAGGUGUGGUACGAAGUAAAAUAUUAUAAUACUAAUAAUGUCGGCGACUUUAAAGCCCUAUUUAACAGCGGUACGCCAUACGCUUACUUCUGCUAUGUGCUUAGAACAUUUUUCCUCCCAGGUCGUCGAGAGAUAUAACAAACCGGAGGUGGAAGUGGGAACAAGCAAAGAGUUGUUAUUGAACCCAGUUAUUAUUUCACGGAAUGCAAAUGAGAAAGUACUGAUUGAAUCUUCUAUAAAUUCGAUUAGAAUAAGUAUAAUGAUCAAACAGGCUGACGAAAUCGAGAAAAUCUUAUGUAAAAAGUUUAUGCGCUUUAUGAUGAUGCGAGCGGAAAACUUUAUCGUACUUCGACGGAAACCCGUGGACGGAUAUCAUAUCAGCUUUCUGAUUACGAAUUUCCACACUGAACAAAUGUAUAAACACAAACUGGUCGACUUUGUUAUAUAUUUCAUGGAGGAGAUCGACAAGGAGAUAAGUGAAAUGAAACUAGCCGUGAACGCGCGUGCAAGAAUUUGCUCGGAAGAGUUCUUGAAAAGAUUUUAAAUUCAAUUGUAGUUGUGACUUCUUUGUAUUAUAAAUCCAGUAUGUUUGAAUUUCUUAAAAAAACUUGAAGUGUAUGUUGUGGACCGAGUUCUUUUUUGUUAUGUUGUAUUAUUACAUCUGUAAAUCAAAUUAAACUGCAUUUAUUUAAUUACUGUUCUGGAGAUAAUUCAGUAUUUUAGAAGUAAUUUCAUUGAUUACUUAAAAACUUAAUCUUAUUUUUUUCUUUAAUUUUCUAAGUAAUAAAAAAAUGACAAUUUUUAUGAAAGGUUAAUUCUAAUUUGUAUAGGCAAAAUAAUAAUAAUAAAUUCUUUUUAUACUAUAA